AUGCUUUCGGUUUUGAUAGUUACACUUAUCGCACUCUGUUCCUGGUACUUCCUGCGCCCGAAACGACGCCUCCCACCCGGUCCCAGCUUCAUCUCAGGUCUCAUCGCAGGAAACAACGACUUUAAAUCUUUCCAAAAAUGGAACCAACAAUAUGGCCCGAUCGUCAGCGCAAAGAUCGGCACGCGAACCUACAUCAUCCUGGGCACGCGACAAGCAGCGCAAGAUCUACUUGAAAAACGCGGAAAUAUAUAUAGCGAUCGUCCGCCAUCGGUGCUGCUGGACAACUACCUCUCCAAGCGAAUGGGAGCGGCGUUCAUGCCAUAUGGUCCUGAAUGGAGGCUUAAUCGCCGGUUGCAUGGAUCGCUGUUGAGCUCAAGAGCGGCGGAUUCCUACCGGUAUCUCCAGGAUAUUCAGAGUAGGAUUUUAUUACAUGGGUUCUUGGAAAGUAAUGAGCUGGAGAAAUUCCAUCAGUAUACUUCUGAUGUGAUGUUCACGCUGGUUUAUGGGAAGGGGCAAGGGAGGAAUGAUGAUGACCAUCGACGACUGGAGCAUAUCAAUGAAAUGGUUGCUUUUGUGCUGCAAGGAGCGUCGUUUGGGACAGCGAUAUUGGAACUCUUUCCCGUUCUGGAUCGUCUUCCGCAUUUCUUCAUGAAGUGGAGGAAGAAGGCGGAGCAGCUCCAUGAGAAGACUACAGGUGUGUAUACUGAGUGCUGUAAUACGGCCCUUGGGGUGGACUGUUGGAAUUGGUGUCAUGAAGCGAUGCAGAAGCAGGACGUCGUCAAUGAGCUACCCUGGGAGAAUCUAUGUUACGCGCUGGGAGAUCUUUACGUGGCGGGUGUCCAUACCAGCAAGAUGGUAAUGGAAAUUUUUGUCCUGGCUAGUAUUCUCCAUCCAGAUGCCGUGAAAAAAGCGCACGAAGAGCUCGACUCGGUUAUUGGCUCUGAGCGCCUCCCCACAUUCGAAGAUAUGGACCAUCUCCCAUACAUCAAUGCCUUUAUCCUGGAGCUGCUUCGAUGGAAACCCAUCUCCCCUAUUGCCGUUCCUCAUGCGGUCACUCAGAACGAUGAAUAUAUGGGCUACUCCAUCCCCAAGGGUGCCACUGUCAUCGCAAACCAAUACACCAUCAAUAUGGACGAGAGCGUCUUUGAGAAUCCGACAGCCUUCAAGCCCGAACGACAUAUUGGCAAUCCCGAUCCUCCCGUUUCAGCAUUUGGCUUUGGUCGCAGACGGUGUCCAGGUGAGAAGACGGCACGAUCGACUUUGUUUAUCGUCAUUUCUCGUAUGCUAUGGGGGUACGACAUUACUAGCGCUGAGGCAGCGGAACGGCCAACUGAAGAGUCGAAUGCGGGUUCUGUAAAGGCUGACUUCCAUGUGAGAAGUGACGAGCACCAAAGGGUUAUCGAGCGGGAGUUUGAAUCGGCUGAUAAGGAUGAGAAGAGGGUUUUGAGGAGUAUGCGGGAGAGUAUGCAAGCUAAGAUAUAG